UAUUUCUCGUAUUGCAAUAUGCAAAGUGGCGACCAAAAAGUUUGCUAAAGAAAUUUACUGCCUUUUAAGACGCAAAGUGAAAAGAUUAGGUUGGAUCUUAUGGAGGCCAGAAACAAGAAAGAAACGGCCAAGUUCUGCGGAAAUAUCAUGGUGAGAAAGACCAGAAGAAGAAGUUUUCUCGCCAAAUCUAUGUUUCAAGGUGUGUUUGGAGUCCUCACUGAAGUCGCUUUUGAGUAUUAUAACAGCUCGGCACAAUGGGUGAGUUUUGUAGACUGUUAAUCAUAAUUGCCUUAAUGUGCUUUUAACUGUCAGUACGAAAUGUCGUAAGCUCAUGAACUGCUGAAUAGAAAUUAUCCAGAAUCGAGGACUGCAUCCAGUAGGUCGUUCAUAUCAGUGCACAAGCAUCGGAUCGUUUCUGCUGGAACGAAAGUCAUUUCGAGCACUAGGUAAAAGUUAAUUCACACUGAUAUGUAAAUCUUUGAAUUUAACUGGAUGGAUGGGAUAAAGGGAGGCGCCGAUCCGUAAAACGUCCAAAGGCAGUAAAGUGAGCACCAAAAAAACUAUCUUAUGCUUGAAAAUUCACUUUGAAUAUCACAGCAGCGCACGAUAUUUCCGUCUCAGAAAAUAGGCUAAAAAAAAUCAACGUUUUAGCGAGAGUAAUUUAAGAGUGUUUAAAAUAGUUUCCGUGCCUUCACAAGCAGUACUCGAUUUAGUGUGUUUGAUACAGCCAGCCACGUCACAUGCUCGGGCAAGAUCGAAUGAUGGAAUAUUGGAUUCUGUUUGAAAUCGAUUGAAAGGUAAAUAGACACAACCUUGAAAUAAUAACGUUUAAUGUCCACUCAGGUUAAAACAUCCCUGGAAGGGACGGUGGACAGCAUAAGAAACGCACCAUAAUAUGCGAUAAUUGUGCGUGGAACUUAGAAUCUAGAUGGUAAUUUAGUUGACAAACGAAACAACCUCAAGACCGAUCAAUUCACAGCUUUUUCAACUAUCCAUGCUGAUCCAGUAAAGUGGGAAAACAUAUCGUAUUUGGUAUGAUCACAACUUCAUAAUCUGACUGUUCCGAGUCCAAAUAUCUUGCUGCCAUUUGCAUUCUCGUUCAUAUUGAAUUAUCAAUUUCCUUUUUUUCAAUAUGUGACAAGUCAAUCUUUUGGUAUGACUGUAUUGUUUACUUGCAUCGUGAUGAUCUCAUCAAUAUGUUGCCCAGGUUUGUAAAGAUAUUAAUUUUUUGGCGUCUGCACAAGAGAGUAUCGGCCUGAGAAUGAACGGCUGAUCGAGGGGGAAAUGGGCCCGAGAGAUGUUUUUUUACAAUUUUGCCCGUACACUGCCCAGGAAGAUACAGGAGUAGAUACAGGGACCUGUAGGUCAGCAAGGACUUCAAAGCCAGUUAAUUGCAAAAUUACCGUAAGAUUACAACACCACACCAAUUACAAAACACCCUAUGACGAAAAACAAUCCGUUUCUAACGGAAAGUGAGUACGACAUCGCCCGCCGGACCCACUUUGUGGAAAAAAAGGAACGUAUACUCCGGCCAGCUGCAAUCAUCUGCGAUGCCGACAACUCGGGGACAGAGGUACACGGAAACUAACGACUGCCAAACGCCUAUAAAAAAAAAACAAAAUUGGCAAAUAGAAUAAAUAAAGUUAAGAGCUUGAAUGGAUGUUGACCUAGACUGAUUCGAAUUUGCAACGCUUAACUAAACAUAUCUCAGAAGGCUGUCCAAAAGUCUUCAUAUCCGACCCAGCGUCUCUAGUCUGUGUAGGCGAAUAGCUAUUUCUGUCUGUUCGAAAGUUUUUCAUGGGCAUUGCUUUCGUGUCCCCUUGGGACAAAUAAAGUACCAACUGAAGAAGAAAUUGAAAACAUUUUUUAUGUAAAAAAAAUUUAUAUGCAGAUCAAAAGAUGUACAGUCUAACCUGUCCUUACCGAUACUUCUAUAAUAUGGACACCUCUCUAUUACGGACAGUUCGUUUGGUCCCAGAAAUACCAUAUCAUACACCUCCCUGUAAAGAAGCUUAAAGCGGACACUUGGUUCUGUCCCUUUGGCGUCCGUAUUAAAGAGGUUUGACUGUAUCAGUGGGAAACGUGACACUGUCGAAUUUGUAAUUAAUUGAAUACCGUAAACUGCCACUGCUAAGCUCUGAGCUUAUGCGUCUGCUUAAGGGGUUUAAGUAGGGCUUAAGAAUGGAGGGGCUUAUAAUCUAUUAUGUAGAUGGGCUUAUAACUAGGGGGGGAGGGGGGUCUUAUAUCCGGGGGAGCUUAUAACCGAAGGUAUUUUUUCUUUACACGUAGAUAGGCUUAUAGUUAGGGUGUGUGGGGAAGGGGGGGGGGGAGGUGUAUAAGUGUGGGGGAUCUUAUAUCCGAGGGAGCUUAUAACAGGAUGUAUUUUUGUUUACAGAGGGGCUUAUAAGUAGGGGGAGCGCUUAUAAGCGAUAGUUUACGGUACACCUCUUUUGAUCAUACUACGUCAAGAGACUAUGAGGUACCUCAUAGUCUCUUGACUACGUCCUUUAACGUCCUCUCCUGUCCUCAUGAAAUGCAACCAUUUUAACCAAGCGUGCGGAUGGAUAGGCCCACCCUUGUAAUCUUUUCUUUUCUUAUCUCUUAAAACGAAAUUAAGUUUUGAGAGAAGUGCGUUUCCAUAAGGAACCGCACAGAGGCGAGGGAAGGAAACUUUGCUAAUUACGGUCUAAGUUGGUUUAGCCUGCUAAUACAGCACUGUCUCUCCUUGCUCCUAACCACUGAGGUACGUCUCAGUCUUGAGAGACCGUGAAACGCCCCAGAGAGACAGCUGUAUUUGUAGACUGACAUUGCUUUACUCAGAAAGAAGAAGGAAAACCCUUUGGUCAAGUCACUGACAAUCUCUGUGUUUAAAUCAUUUCUCAGACAAAAGGAGAAAAACCAGAUUUUGCCAUUGAAGUAAUAGAUAUUCAGUCUGUUGAAGAAGUGGAUGAUAGUGCGUUUAGCCAGGAGCUCUGUUUUCAGGUAUUUUUGCUGUUUGAAGCGCCCCCUCUUUUUGUACGGAUAUACGAACAGGCAGACUUCUCGUUCUACAGCCGUGGCGGAUCCGGGGGAGGGACCCGGGGGGCUCGGCCCCCCUUAUUUUUUGACCAAAUUGAGGCCCGACGGGCCGAAAAAUUUUUGAGGCCACCCCCUCCUUGUCUCAGGAUCUGGAUGACCGCCCCCGCCCCCCGUCCCCCGUUAUCUGAAGUUCUGGAUCCGCCACUGUAACGCCGUUAAGAUUCGUGUAGCGUUGUCUCUUUGUUAAAACUACGUUUUAUCAAAACCUCCUCUUGUCACAAGCGCCCAAGUUCGGUGACCAUCCUAUGGUAUAGUCAGUCCCCUCUUUUAGGAUUAUUAUUACUAUAUUUUUAUUCGUUCAUUUAUUCUUUUUUCUCUUUUUUGGAAAUAUUAGAAAUAAAAAGAAAAACAAAAGAAAAAUAAAAUGGAAAAAGAAUGGCAGAAAAGAAAUAGCAAACUUAAUACCUAUUCGGCACUUGUCAUGCAUAGUUAUUUUAACUUUGACAGAAAAAUUUGUGAAGUCAAAUUUUCAAUACAAUCCAAGAUGGCGACCAAGAUGGGCGCCAUUUUUGAUGACAUCACGAACUAAGUCUCCCAUUUUUCCGGUACACCUCGCCUGCUAGCCUGUGAAAACAGCCGUGUCUCCUCGCUCCUCGCCGCUUGGGAAAUAUCGCUGGAAAAACGAAACGCCCAUUACGGCGAAGAACGAGGAGAGACGGCUGUAUUUGCAGACUACGAUACGCCUGGGGAGUGUUCAGUUAAACUGGGAUUUUUAUCUCUGCUCACGAUUCCCUUGACAGAUAGCUUACCAUAGUCGGACAAAGAAGGACAACUCAAACUCUCGCACAGUUUAUCUGUCUGCAUAUGAAGUAGACGAGUUUGAGUCUUGGUUGUGUUCACUGAGACUAUGUAAGUAAGAAGGUGUAGAACCUUUCUUAAUCUUUCUUGUGAGAAUGAGUUUUAUUUGCAUAAGAACUGAAAAAAUCAUCUUCAAAUCAGUAGUUUCGCGCUUUGAAAGAAAAGCUUAAGGCAACUGAAAUGGCCUAUUAUAAGGGAACUUAAGCAAAGACCUGUUUGAGCAACGUACGUCAACCGGAAGUGAAGCCUUCUCCAUUAUUUAUAUGGCUUGACGAUAAUAAAUUUGUGUCUUUUCUCAUAUAAAGGCGAUUCGCCCGAGCGUUUGAACCAAACCACUGGCCAAGGAUGUAAAAAGUCCACCUCCGGUUGACGUGUGUCGCUCAAAAACAUCUUUGCUAAAGCUCCAUACAGAAGGCGAGAAAGCACAACAACCUCAUCCCCAUGGCUUUUCUGGCCCCCUCCAUUUUCUGAGGGAAGAGCCCUGGAGACGAGGUUGACAUCCUAGCAGUGACUCAACCACGGGCCACAACCAUUUCCCUUGAUGUUAUCUUUCGCAAACCAGGGCUUUUGUUACAUAAACGUUUAUAAGAAUGAUCGUUUCCUAUAUUAAAGCUUAUACAAUUCGUUCAUUUUAAUAGUAUACCCUCACUAAAACUCUGUAAUCUAAUUUCUAGCUUGUUUAGAAAACCCCGUGAGCCUAACUCAAUAUCACUCAGGAAGGUUUACCGGCAAGUCCUGGUCAUGUUGUAAAGCUGUUACGUUCCGGAACUCUCCCGGAUGUAAGCCAUGUAAAAUUUAUGGUAAGUAAACAACUAUAGCUAGACUGUAAUUUUCACAAAGCCAUUUCACGUUAUCUUUUAUUUAUACUCAAAAUGAGUAUUUUUCAUUAUUGUCAUUUAAAAUUAGUGGGACUUUGUAAGUACAGUACGGUGGCAUCUGGAUAGUUUUGUAACUUCCAGUAAAUGAAUGGUGGUGGUGGUUGUGCCCAUGUAUAUCAUCUAAACAAUUAUAUUGGAUGAGGUUUUUGAGACUAUCCGGAAUAAUCGAGAUGCGAGGCAAGUGCUAUCCGUCGAGGCCGAAGAUUGGGGUUAUAAUACUGUUACAUUGUUAAAAAGAAAAUACCUCUAUUAUAUUACACACAUGGCAUAACAUUUCUUUAUUAUCGAUUUCCCUUAUUUAGGUAUUCCAGAUAUUAAAAGGCUCAAGGUACUGUUCGUUUAAAGGGAUUUAAUCAAUGUACGUGAUAACUACAAAACAGCACUGAACCUUAUUCUCAAUAUUAUUACGAAAUGAAAUCUUUCCCAAAAGCUUUCAGAUGUUUACUAAUAUCUGGAAGUGUCUACCUUACCCGUGGCUAGGCAGUAAGAAUAUGGAUUGAUACUAUAUUCCUUUUAAAGCAUUUAGCUAUUAAAGGAUUUCCAAAUUUAUCAAAAUAAAAAUAGUAAAAAAAAGCACUAGAAUUAUAUAUCUCGUGUUUUGUUUUCUUUAGUUAUCACUUGCUAUCGCCUUUAGCGGUUUUGGGGUAGUCGCUAGUGAAUCGCAUUACUCAGACAUGCCUGGAAGCCUUCCCUUUAAUAAGGUAAGAGCAAUAUCCACGUUAAAACAAGCAUCUCUUUUCAAUAAUGUCUAGUUUACUUUAUCGUAUUCAAGCCUUCCGUGUACACGGAAAGGUUUACGGCUGAAGGUGAUUUGGGCAGUGACCAAUAGCCUUUUAUAAGUUUUAAAUCACGAAAGAAGUCAACAGCACUCUCCAUGUACCAUUGCGGUGAGUUACGGGUUAUAUAGCUUGUUUAUCAUAAUUAGAGGUGAAAAUGAUCGGGUCAGUUAAUCUUGAGUGGAGUGUCUUGCCAAGGAGCCAGUCUUCCUUUGGUAGCACGUAUGACUAGCAAUUGUUUCUUGACAGGAGCCGGCAUCAAUAUUGGGCUCCUAAAUCUUGACAAGAGUCCACGUAGUUUAUAACAUUACCUGCGACAACAAUGAUUUCGGGCCCUUGUACUGAGGGAAUGACAUUGAAUGUUUCAUAACCCCUUAGUGUUUGCUUGACGCCAAGUGUCCUUUCGAGUCCUCACCUCUGAGUUCUUGUCUAGUCGUUUAAACAACGUUACCACGUCUGUUUUAGAACAAAGCGACUUGUCAAGGAAACCUUGCUAGUUCACCGACAUCAUAACACAUUGCCUCCUCCUCAGGCACUAUCGCACUUUGGUCGCAAACAAGAACUUGCGCGAAGAAACGCGAGUGGUCACAGGUUGCAGCGCGAUGUUGUUGGUUCUCGCUCUUACGUACCCUAAGGUGGUUUUUCUCCUAUUGCUUCAGUUCACCUUCUCCGCCUAAUCCUCCAAAAUUAGUUUAAGUGACUACUCCUUAUUGAAGUUGUCUCCUUUUACUUUGGAAGGGUGAUCAUCUGACCGUCUCAGAUGCUUCUGGCAGUGUCGAAUGGAAGGCAUUUUCCACAACUUCGUAAGUAAUUUUCGUUUUUAGCACGCGUUCUCACCCGCCUGGGGCUAGUAUAGGAAGGCAUAGCUUUAUAUCGUCGAUCUCCCUCCCCGUCCCCGCCCCCCACCCAAUCAAUGGUUAAGAUAAUAACAGUAAUAGUACUGAGUGGAGACACAUGAGAGAUUAACAAAAUCAGUCCACCAUAUUGCGGGACUCCUAUUUGUUUAAUCAAAGUGCGAUUAGAGGCCUAAAUGAACGACACGAAGUUCUGUUACCAAUUAACCGUAACUACAACAAAGUUCACUGAUCUGUGUUCUGAUUGGCUGUCAGCAGCCCUGAUUCCGGUAUCUCUCUCUAUGUAAUAUAUAGCUGGUAAAACAAGAUACUAUAAAAUAAAAGUAUUCUAAUAGACUGUAAAGAGAAGCAAAUACGGCUGCACAAAAUAAUAGAACAUAAAAUAAAAACAGUUUUUAGGAGUAAAUGGUGUGACUUACAUUUUCAUAGGACGAGUGGAUAUGGUUACAUUCCAAAAGAUGCAGUGAACCUAAAAGAACUUCAGGAAGAACCGUAAGUGCAAGAUCUAUUCGGUUAGUUUUUUGUGAAGUGAAAUUCUUGCUACUUUGGUGUUUCUUUCAAUUGUACAUUAUGUACCCAGGAUUGUGCUAAGUCGGAACGUCUAUUUUACAUCAAUUGUAACCGUAAAAAAUCUUAACUGUGCUGGCAGUCAGAUCAAUACAGAUGGAAGAAGAAUAAAGAAUAUUUGCUUGAUGUAAGCAGGGAUUAUUUCUUCUGCUAUUGCAAGGGGUAUUCUAGUCUGUUAGUUGUUUCUUCUUCUCACUUAUACUUAUAAAGCAAGACGCAUUGUUACAACUCUAGAAAGUGAUUUCAAGAAUUGACCUGUAAGUAAGGGAACGGCCGGGUAAGAAAUUUCUACUACAAUGGAAAGGUGUAAAAGGUGGCAAUUGCCUUAACUACAUGUACAGUUGUAAUUCGCAGAGAUUCUACACUGAUGUACUUGCUUUCUUUGUGCAGUGUUUCCUAAUAAGUCUUUAGCGAGUAAAUUCGCCACAAAAUAUAGCCUGGGUAGCUGGCGGAAUUGUUUUUGCGUUUGUGAGAGUUUUGGCGGCACUGGCGGCUUUGCAGCUAAUCUGCCAAAACUUUGAUCUCCCGAUCCCCCGGCUAUUCAGGCUACAGGAAAUAAGGGUAGGGUAGAUGAGUGAUAGAUCGGAAAGGACAGAUAAUUAUACUAGUUAUCAGUGAUGUUUGCAAUGGUCCAUGACGCUAAUUGUUCAACCUACUUCACAGAUGGUUUUUUGAAGAAAUUCCCACCUCCAUCACAACGGCAAUUCUUAGAGACCAGGUAAACUUAUUUUAACUUUAUAAUACUUCAAUUCAACACCAAAAAUACUUUUUUAUGAAUUAUUGCAAAUAACAGCACUAAAGCGUCACCAAUGUAACGUACUCCUGGGAAAGAAUAGUCCCUCGUCUAUCGUGGCGAUUUCUUCGAUUUACGUGCAUUUAUUUAUAAAGGCGCUCGCGCCCAGUCCACUUCGCCACCUUCUACUACGCAUACAUCCGAGACUCCUAAAGACGCACGAUUGGGACUAAUUCUUCGAUAAAUUGUAAGGGUCGCCCCAUGUCGAGGAAUCCAACACAGUCUUGGAUUCUAGAUUCCACCACGUGGACCGCAUUCUUUGUUAGUGGACUUGGACUCCGAAUUCUAAUCGUUGGCGGGAUUCCGGAGUCCAAAGGCAAACAUUUUCUGGAUUCCGGAAUCCGAGUUCCCUUACUAUGGGGCGAAAAGGGCUUUGAGCGACGGAAAUUGACCGUAACAACAAACCAUAAGCCAUCGCACUUAUAAGACAUGGUACAAAAACAACGGAGCUGAUGGUAACAUAGGCCAACUGUUCGCCUGAAGGCAAUUCAGUUCAAUUCGUCGCAUUUUCAAUUCAAUAACUCUUGAAAAGUUAUUGUACUUGACCAAUUUUACCUUUUUCUUUCUACAUUACUUUUAUCUCGUGCUUUUGGAUAGGUGGCAGGUUGUUUCAUCUUGCGGACGAGUGGAUUAGGCUCUAAAACAAUCCUGUCUUUUAGGUGAGCAGUUACAAACCCUUUGCACAAUAAAAGUACGACAGAUAGGUUACAUGUAAUUUAAACCCUUUAGCGUGACAGAUAUCCCUCAGAUACUGUUUUGCCAAUUUAGGUGACUGACACUGGUUGCUAUGGUUACAUGAUAUGUUAAAGUUCGAACCCUUUUUUUUUUCACUUUGGCAAACCUCUUGUCGCCAUGACAACCAAGAAUUUCAAAGGAACCUCCGUGAUGAAGAUUGUUGUAUCGCUGGUAAACAGAUAAACACAUUGAAGUCACACUGUAGGUUAUAAUUGUUAAGGUAGAUAGUAACGUGAAUAACAAACAAUGUUAUCACGAAAGCAACUAUGGAAGCAAUUGCUCGUGUGUUGCUUUUGCAGGACGGACAAAACAGUUAAACAUAUUGAAGUUCUUCAAGAUGAAGCAACCCAAAAGUACCGUGUGAAAGAUGAGUCAGAUGCUGUUUCGUACGCAAAUUUUUUGCAGUUUGACAGCAUACAACAAUUACUGGAUCAGUGUAAACAACAUCCCAGUAAGAUGCGCUAAUUUAGCUAUUAAGGCUGGUUGUCGGAGUAAUCGGAGUCGUAUAAGAGCGCUAUUGAUCAGUGAAAUUAAAAAAAAUAUAUGACAAGUUCGACGGAAUAGGAGUCUCAAGAAUCGAUGCCCUUCGCUUAAUAAUUUAAUAAUUUUGCUCCCGCCCGGAAAGGACGCUUCUGCCAGAGCUCCGCGUUCUCGCUUUUGUGUGUCUGACGUGAGGCUAAUUUAGAUCAUUUCGUUUUCCGUUGACUAAUGGGAGACGAAGUUUAUCAGUAGCAUCUAGUCAUUAUGUCAAUUCUAGCUCUUUUUAGAUCUCUUGUUACUUUUAGUUGCAUUUAUUUCCUUAAAACACGACCCGUUAGAUUAGCAUAACUACCCGCGAGCAAGUUACAUUAUGAUCUAACGCCACCCACUAGAUGUAUACAGACAUCCACAGACAACCUGAUAAAGAAUCCCAGAGAUAUAUGUCACAGACAUGUUUUGUAUUGAUCAAGGAAAUUUUAAGUUCAAUGUCAAACAAACUUAAUCACUAAUAUCACUAAAUAGAUGUCUCGUGGAAUCGAUGGUAGUAAUCAAAAUAUAAUAUAUUGUUGCAGCUCUUGGGAUAACAUUGGAGAAAUACCCAACGCUCAAGAAUGCCGAUGGUAUGGAAUUUUGUUCUAUAUACCACUCUUAAUUCAAAGAUAAAAUUGUUCAAAGUACAUUAUCAUUAUCACAUAGUGAUAAAUACUGCUGUAUACGCCUAUGAAGAGACGUACGCAGACUUCUGUGAAGGAAAAUGACUCUCAUUAAAUUGACUGAAUUGUCGACGCUUGUUAUUGUAUAAAUUUAACCUACGUUACAGUUACAAUUAUACAAUUGUACAGUAAUAUAGUUACAGCUGCUACUGUUAUACAAAAGUUCGAACAAUUAAUAAUGGAAUGUCCUGCGUCCUUCACAUGAAGGUUCUGCUGUGCAUGACGACAAAGGAAGCAAAAGCCUGAAGCAUCCAAAGUAGACACGAUGGUUGUUAAUUUAGUCUUUUUAAUUAAUCCUUUUUAGAAAUCUGGAGGGUGGAUUGGCCAGAAGUUGAAAAAACAGGCGAGGUUGUGUCUAGUCUACCUUGGGUAAGAAAUUAAAGAACAUUUGUGUAGAAACUUUAAGAAACACUAGAAAGAGUUUUUCCUAGAGUGUUUUUCAGGGAGAAAACAACGAUGGGAAAAGCUAUCUCCCACAGAGAGGUCUAAUUACCAUAAAUCCAAUUUUUCCGACUUGCCUUUCCUUUUCUUAACAAAAAGUUAUCCAUUAUCCGCGAAGCUGUUAUCAAGUAAUCGACGCAUUGAUUUAUCCAAAAUUCAAACGCUUCGAAGUAGUCAUACACGCUUUUGACAAGUAAUGUUAUUUGGCAAUCCUCUCUAAAUUGGCCACCUUGGGAACGGAGGUAAGGUGCAGUGAGUACAUCAAUUUGGAGAGGAUUUUUUUGUCAGUUGGAACGCACUCACUGGCCUUUGUUGCAUGUAAAGACGCCUGGUAUAGAGAGAUAAAAACAAAGAAGAAAGUACGCUCUUUCCACUAGGACAGAAGUGAAGAAGUGGACUUUAGUAGAAGUUCCGCCGACUGUCUUGCAGCAAUGAUAGUUAGAAAUUGUAUCAAGUUCUUGGCCGACGAACGAACAUCUCUAUUCGACCUUGUAGAACGUUUUUACUGGCAAGUUUCACAACAAAGAAGCGUUAACCCACGUUCUACCAGAGGGAAGCUCGGACAUACUCAAAGAGAAAUUCAGCAACCAGGCAAGGUUAAUGAUGUGAGUACAAAUAAUUAACUGGUUGCAAGCAAUUCUUUAGCUGGGACGAUGCACCAGGAGAAAGAAUUCACAUUCUUUUGUUAAAAAUCAAACAAAAACAAAAUUUGAAGGAAUGCUAACAGCUGUACAAUUUACAUUUAGUUUAAUAAACCUCCUGUAACGCCUUCGUUUUUUUUUUUUUUAAGAUUUUCAUUUAAUUUUCCGCGUAUGGACGAGUGUCUCCAUCACAACGAAUUUCGACUUCUUUAUUUCCUUUUCAAGCGUACAGUUUAAUUUGCAGUACAGGCAAUGUUCCGUUAAAGAAAUCAUGAAAUAAACCAACGAAAAAAAAUUAAGCAACAAAAACAAAAUGUAUGUGGAAAGGUGUGGGUCUUGACGAACUCUGGUUCAAAAACCAACCUGCUUGAUCACGUAAGAAACGAUUUCUGGAUCGGACUUUCCUCUAGGAUAAAUCUGAGUCCAAAUCACAUCUUUCUUGAAGUGUAGGCGGUGUCCAUUGCGGGUUAUUUAUAUUUUUUGUUUAUUUCACAGGACAUUAGGUCAUGAAAACGUGGUGCGCUUGCACGGGAUUGGAGUAAAGGGACCUCGAAGCUUUAUGGUUCACGAAAACCUGCAAAAUGGUACAACCUUCAAAAAACUUGUUUAGCUUUAAUGAAGCUACUGAACACCUUAUACAUAGAAAACAGAGUUUGACAAUUACUUCUUAGAGACUAUAAUGUCAAGUUGGCCAAGUUGCUGACAAAACAGUCAAGAAAAAAGGCUAUUGCGCCAAUAUACAAAAGCAACUCAAACUUUUCUCUAUUCGUUUUUUGACACAUCAGGUGACCUUUCAGAAUACCUGAAACGAAACUCCUCCAUACUGGAGUCCAACCACACAGAGUUACGAAAUAUUCUAAACCACGUGAUCAAUGGUAUGGUUUACCUUCACGAGACUUUAGUGGAGCACGGAGAAUUGGUAAGUACUUUGGGUAAGUGGGAUUCGCCCAUUUGUUGUAGAUAAGAUUCAACGAUUCUAGUUCUAUCUUGCAAAACAAACUUUUGUCCUUCAAAGUUUGUAAAAGGUGUCACGAAAUUAAAUGAAGUGGUUGUCGAUAUGACCAUUGACAGUGACAUUCCUUUCUUACCUUUUUUUCACCCUAUAAAAUUUAACUUCUUCUAUUACACGUAGGUACCUGAGAACUGUCUUGUGGGCGAGAAGGGACAAGUAAAGAUCUCAGGCUUUCAUUGUGCGAGGUGAGAAAAAAAGAAGAAACAACUGCAAAUACUUAAAAAAAUGACCUUUAAUAUCUGUUCCGACGAAAUAUUUAAAUGUAGUUUAGUUAGUGUUUAACAAAACCGCGUUGUAAGUCUUUUUCAAUUUGCCCAACGAUUUUAUCUAAACAUCAUUUAUUGUGAACCGUUUUAUGAAAGCAUAUGGAGAAGACUAGAAAAGCAUAACCCGCCAAAGAAGAGAUCAGGAGGUUCAAAGAUUCAUUAAACCGCGGCUUAAGUUAGAGUUCAUUUAAUAUUUGGCCCUAAGAGUUUGACAUUAUGAUAGCAUUUUUACUUGUCUGAAAGUAUAUUAUCGGAGGAACGAAUACCUUUAGCUACUGCUUUUCCAACGAAUAUAAUGUUGAUUAAUGCUGCAUUCACAUUUCAUCUAUUUUGCUUCGCGAGUAUCGAUAAAAAAAAUAGCAUAGUGACCUAAUUCUUCAACCAAAGGGAAUAAUCUAACGGCGAACAGACUUCGAACUACUGAACCACAGACACAAUUCAGGUACCGCAAGGCCACUAAACUUGUGCGCGUCUCUAGAAUUGCAAUCUAAGUGCUUAUUUGUUGCUUAAUAAGGAUACUGUGAGGAAACGAAAUAAGAAAGAGAUCGGUUUUUACCAUACACAGGUCUCCAUGGUGCAAACGACCGUUAUCGGAUGACGUUUAUAAGAACAGAGUUCCGAUUACAGCUCCUGAGUGCAGCCAAAGUAUCCAAACGUUCCCAGCUGAUGUAUGGGCAUACGGUAAGCUCGCAAUUAACUUGUAUUAUCAUUCAUUCAAAAUAUUUUUUCAUUUCUGAUUGGCUAAAAGCACGCACCCUACUCGAUCUGCAGAAUUCUUCACAUCCUACUUAGCCUCAUUCAACAAUUGCUAAAUGUGUAGAAAUAUAUAAUGCUUUCAAUGAAUUUUACUAUGGUUCGUUCGUCGAUGAGUGGUGGCAUAACACACCAAUUGCCCCAUGUAAGGGAAUCUAUAAAGACAGUCAUGGAUUCUGGAUUCCACGCCGUAGGAUUCCUGAUUCCAGGUACUUGAUUCCAGUCUUUGUCAGUGGAACUUAGAUUUUGGAUUCCAAUCUUUAGUAGGAUUCCGGAUUCCUUGAGCUGUAUUCCGGAUUCCAAAGCCCAGGAUUUCGGAUCCCACAAGCAAAAAUUUCACAGAUUCAGGAAUCAGGAUUCCUUUUCAUGGGGCGACACCAAUCAGGUUUUGCGGGAUUAACAGAAUGGCCCAAAAGGUUUCGGUGACGGGUUAUCGCCCAUCUUGUCGUUAAAAGGUUUUUGAUAACAAAGAAAAAGGCCAAAAUAUAUCAGUUAGAAAAUGUUCAUUUUACAGUGUUUCAAACGAGGAAAGUGCUACGUCCAAGUCCACCGACUUAAACUAAGCCCUACCACCUUUUAAGGUAUUUCAAGAUUCUAUGGUGGUCACUGCAAUUCGAGGUUAUUUUUUCCUUUUCAGGCUUCUUCAUUUACUCUGUCGUUACUGUAGGGAAACAACCAAUCACAACCUUAGACCAGGUAAGGCAAAGAAUUACACAAACUCGCACUGUGGAUGUUAUCAGUUCCUUUAGGUCAACAAAUAUUGACGCCUCCAAGAACUUAAUAUAAACUUUGUUUUCCCCUUUUAGGUUUUGAAGUUUAAUCCAUCAAACGAUUCAUUGGAUCAGCUGGCUGGCUUUGUUGACAAGAUUAAACUGUGCUUACAGAGGGUGCGUUUAACAUUUCAAGUCAAUGCAGAUGAACACUUGUACUCUGUUACUACAUGUUAACCAAUAAUGCGGGCAUAGCUAUAUGCUGAGUUUUCAGUUCAAUAAACUUACAGAGAUGGGUACGGCAUUUGUAUCAUAAGUACUGUACAGCAACAGCAAGCUGGUGUAGAACACAAGAGGUGCUUAUGUGAAAAGAAGCGAAUUUUUUAAUAUACACUUUUUCAUUUUUGGAAUCAUAAUGAUAACGAUAAUCAUGACUCUUAAUAUGACGAUAAUGAUUAGAUCGUUUCUUUUAAGGAUCCUAACGCCCGUCCUGCUUUUCAAGAUCUUCGAGACCAGGUAUCCUUGAAAACUGGCUCAUCCACUCCAAGCUGCUCAACACAUUCUCUGGAAGGUAUGGCAAGGUGUAAGGAAAGAUGUGGCAUAUUUUAUCGCAUUAAAGGGACACAGUCAGCUAUGGGACCGCGCUGACCUGGACACUACUUUUGUCAAUUUGAAAAGAGUUUACCUCAACCCGAAAUCAAAUGAACGCGUCGGCUACAUCUAGAAAUCCGCUUCACUGAAGCGGAUUUCUAGAUGUUGCCUAGUGUUUCAUUCGAUCCUCGAUCUUUUACAGAAAACCUGUUUUUGAGCAAACUUUAACUCAUCCUAUGACAUUAUUUUAUCAUAUUUUGUUAAAACAGUAUUCAAAGGAACAAGAACAGAAGAGGUGAGAAACGCGUAGGCGCCGGCCGGGAUAAAUCGCUUUCGUUUACCUAAAUAACAAAAGAAAUGAAUCAAUAACAUUGGCGAGCAAGUUAUAUGUAUUUGGAAAAUCGAUGGAAAAGGUUACAUAUGUUUGGAAAAUCAAGCUUUCUCGACCUUGAUCCUUUGAUAUAUAAUGUUUCAUGCCGACUCCGUGUUAUUUCUCACCUCUACUGAUGAUCGAAUUCAGGCGUAUUCGUCGAUGUUUGGCUUUUCCUGGAAAACAAAUCAGUGAAUUCUCAAUGGUAUAUUAAAAAUGUGUUCUCUGAUGUGGCUUAGGGUCUAUAAUCACGAUUUGGGCUUGUAACUAGUUCAACUCUUCAAGGUUUGUUUUGAGUAUUCCGGAUACGCCUCUGGCGUUCUGUUUCACGCGCGUGUCUUGUAACAUGCAAAUCAGCUAAGAAAUGGUAUCUAAUGCGCAUGUGCAUCAGCUGAUCGUGUCCCUUUAAGACUGGCCUUGCUUGAAAAUGGAGAGUCACCAUUAACGCAAGUCUCAUAAUACAGUUUGCUUGCUCCCCAAACAGUUUGCAUAACCUUUGUUUUUAAUUUUCCCUGGGUAUUACAGUCGUCCCACUCUCUCCCCCCCCAGAGGCUCCCGCUGGGUAUCCCAAUAACAGCAAUAAUGGAAAAAUAGAAAGCCCGUGGGCGACGGUGGGAAGAGGGAAAAGGCGCCUCUCUUUUCUCUUUCCCCUUUCCAUCGUGCCCCGCGCGUUUUCUACUUCUUUCUCCCAGCUUCCCUGCGACACAAAGAGGCCUCUGCGGAGAAGAGAGGUCGUCCCAAGAAACAUCGAAGACAAUACUUUGCAAAAUUUUGCGAGGCAAACGAGGUGUAUUAUGGGGUAUGUGAAAAUGGCGAAUUGAUGAAAAUACCUGCUUAACGUUUUAAUUGCCAGAUUCACUAAACGCUCAGACAGAGGAUGGGUUUCCAAAUUACCCUUCCAAAAUGACAACAGGAAUGCCAAAAGAAUCAAAUGCAGAAGAAUCAAUGGAGGAUAACAAUGCAGCCAUGGACUGGGACAACAGCGAUAUAACAGUUACCUAUUCCCGGGAUAAGCUUCGAAGGCGCCUUAAGGAUGCAGAAUUAACAGCAUUAAAGGCAAAGGCGUUGCAGAAACGUGCUGAAGCAGUGAAGGAUACAAUCCUUGAACAAGUAGCAGAGGCAGAGGCAAAGUGUUUGAAAGAAGUCGAGAUGAUGACAAAGACGUUCCUUAUGCGACUGAACGAGGCCAAUGAUCGUGCAGCGGAGGCUGAACAGGCUCAAUACCUAGCGGAAGAAGUGCGGCGGCUAACGGAAGAGAAGUAUACGCUCUAUAAGUAUGAAAGUGAGAAGAAUAUGCAUGAACUAAAGUCCAUGUUUGACGAUGCUCUGCUUGAAAGGGAUGAGCUUAUUGUAGCUUUGAAAACUGUGGGCAAGGACUUCGAUACGGCAGGGUGGAUCUCGCCAAAACGUCGGGACUCAAUCCGCCAGCUCGAGGAAAAGUAUCAACGAUACAUCUCUACUAGUGAUCGAACGAUACAGAGUUUGAAAACACAACUGAAUGGAGUUGUAAAGCAGCGAGAUCAACUAGCGUCCGAUCGAGACGUAAUUAGAAACGAGAUGAAAGAUACUCGAGAGGCUUUGGAACAGGCGGUAAAGGACAAAGAAGAGUUUCAGUUCAGAUUAGAAGAAUCACAGUUUGAGAUUGAGCGGCUGGAAGAAAUGAUAUCCACCAUGACGCAAAAAAGACAACAAGCAGAGCGCGAGAGAGACCAGCUUCAGAUGUUGACGGACAUGUCCUUGAUGAAGCUCAGGCACGCGGAAUCUGGUGGUCCAAAGAAAAGAGCAUCAGUUAGUUCCUUUCCUCCAAAGAUCGAUGAGCUUCCAAAAGAAAAGCGAGAACCAAGCCUGAGAAGACUUUCUGAGCAGCUUCUUCACCUAAUUGGCCCCUCGCCAACUGAAAAGCUAUCCACGUCAGUUGUAAGCGAAAACCGGGAAAGUGCCGUCCCCAUUCUUGUGGAUCCUUCUUCCAGUAAAUCGCGCGAGGACGGCGACAAAAAUACAAAACAAGAAAUUACUAAUAGAAGGUUAAAUGCCGUGAAAUUGCCCUUCCUGGAAAAAGUCAACGAAACUAUAGAAAACAAUCAUGAAACUGAGCCGUUUAACCAUUUCGUUCUUGCUGAGGAGAUCGACACAGACGAAAGAGAAUAUGGGCGUGUGUCUCCGACGAAGAGUUCAAAAACAGUAAUAAGUGCGGAUCAUGACAUCACUCAGAAGGAUACCUCUAAUGACUCUCGAAGCCAAACAAGAAGUGACGCAAGACAGUUCACGAUUCCGACCUUGCACAUCGAAGAAGCGGAUACCGAUUCAGAGAUGGAGUCUCAAAGGGAACCUCCCGAAAUAGAAAUAUCAGAUGUUGAUGAGCAUGACCUGUUAGAGCAAAGGGAUGAGGGAGAUGACCUCAUGAACCCAGAUUCCCCAAUGUUCAUUGUGGGAGGCGAAAAUGGUGAAACUCGAAUUGUAUACAGUUUUGACGACCUUUCAGAACUGCUAGAAGGUAUCCCUCAAACAAGUCUGUAGUGCAGUGACGUAGUACUGAACAGAUAAACCAUUUUAGAUGGCCAAUAAAGUCGUUUCACUGCCUUUAAAGCAAAAAUUUAUCGAUCGGAACCUUUAGUUCUUUAGGAGUGUUCCACUUUUUAGCUAAUUCUUACAAAUACAUAACCUGUUAUGUCGAUGCUAGUCCGGGUGCAGA